AUGCAGCAAGUCAAGCCUGCAGCAGCAGCAACAGCAGCACAGAUCAGCACACACAGCAGCAGACGCCGACGCAGCAGCAGGUGGCGCAGCAGCAAGCAGCAUACUGCAGCAGCAGAACCUUCAGCACCCAACGCUGAAGCAAAUAGCAGCAGCAGCACUCCGCCCAUCCACAGCGUGCAGCAGCAUCGUCGGCUAAUGGACCCGCUGCACCAGCAGCCGCCCAUCCACAGCGUGCAGCAGCAUCGUCGGCUAAUGGACCCGCUGCACCAGCAGCAGCAGCAGCAACAGCCGCAGCACCAACAGCUGCAGCAGCAACAGCUGCAGCAGCAACAGCCGCAUCAGCAGUAG